AUGCAAGCCAUGCAAGCCUUUCCAAGCACCGCCUCUUCCUCCAUCGACAUCACACCACCCAGCAGCAAGGUCAAAACGCCGCGGGAUAGCAAGAGGCGAGCAACGCACUCGCAGAUCGAACGAAGAAGGAGGGAAAAGAUCAACGAGUGUCUGAUCACGCUUUGUCAAGUCAUUCCUGCUUGCGUGAGGGAGGUGCAAGGAAGAAGAAGGGCUGCUGCUGCUGCUGCUUCUGCUUCUCAUGAUGGUGAUGAUGAUGAUGAUGAUGGUCACAAUGCUUUGCAUCGAGGUGUCGCAGGUGCUGGUGCGGAUGGAGCGGGUGCGAUGGGGAGUGGAGAAAAGGCAAAGAGGAAAAGGGUGCGCAAACGUAAAGAGGGGAAAAAGAAUGAUGACAACAAGGAGGAAGAGCUGGGUCUGCACAAACUCGAAGUGCUUACGCACGCCAUUGACUACAUCUACGAGCUGCAAGCACGCAUCGCUGAGCUGGAGAGGAGAAUGAUGACAUCGCAUCCAUACCCAUCUCCAUCUCCAUAUCCAUCUGCCUCGCCCGCAUUCACCCAUUUCACCGCCACUCCUUCGCUCAUGAGCGCAUCGUCCACAGUUCUCACCUCCCCUAUCAUGUCCCUCUCCGCCGAAUCUCCUAUUCUGCGCAGAGGAAGCAGCAGCGGUAGCGGCAGCGGCAGCGGCAGCGGCAGCGGCAACGGUCUUGCGGCGUACAGCGUUAGCGGUAGCAGUGCGCAUUCAGCAGCUUACAAACACGAUGCGCGAAGACCGAGCACAUCGCAUGUCAACAUCAACGGUGCUACUCCCGUCUGGCCCAUGUUGCCCAGCUCCGUCUUGCCUCUUCCUCCUCCUGCUGCUGCUGCUGCUGCUGCUCAUUCCACCUCUGCCUACAGGCGCCACGACGAUGGGCGGACCAACAGAGAGACCAUCAAGACCUCCCCCUUCAUCAACGCUUCCACAACCUCCUCCGCCACAUCGCGGUCCACCAGCAUUUCGGCAUCCGCAUCCGCAUCCGCUCCCGCCUCUGCCACCUCUUCUCCCAAUUUCGAAGCCGUCGGAUCUCGCAAACGAUCCUCCACCCAUUUCCAGCCUCUAUCGUUCAACGACGGCUCGCGCGACGUCAAAUCUCGUCCCUCUUCCUCUUCGAGCCAACAAGAUGCGGCGGCGGCGGUCAGCGAUUCGAGGAGCAGGGCGGCCAGUUCCGCAGCUAUGCAAGUCCCCGCACCUGCGCUCAAGCAGACUCAAGCGACGCCUCGCACCUUGCUCAGGGGUCUCGCACCUUUACCUCUGGCACAGCGCACGAGCAGAGCGGAAGAUGCCGAACUCUUGUUGAGCUUCAGCACCAGUCCUGAUGCGCUCAGACCUGUGCAGAGCAGCGCGACGGACGUGAGCAGUCUUGGGAAUAGGCUCGGCGGCAGCAGCGGCAGCAGCACCUCUGCUUGCGCUUCUGGUCCUGGUGCUCAGAGCAGCAGGAGAUUGUCAACGACGACGACGUCGACGAGCUCGAGCAACGAGGGCUUUCUGCACCCCUCGGACGCUACCACUGCGACUGCGACUGCGACGAGUCCCGAAGCGCUCAGACCUGUCAGCAACGUCAGGCAACCGCCGCAUAGCCCCGCAUUGCCUCCACCGAGAGUCUCGGCAGAUUGA